AUGCCACCCAACCCACUUGCAAACUGGGAAAAGGUUGGAGACAGCUUUUAUCGCAAGAUCGCCGUGUAUGACGCCAUCUUCGAGGACGACGUCGAGUUAGAGAACUACAUUGUCGCGGGCGCCCCUUACGGAGGAGCUAUCGCGCUCUACCGCGACGAAAGCAAGCCAUUCAGGCUUCGUGAUGGACAGGGUUCCCGCUCCACAAUUGAUAUCUAUUCAUGCUCUGGACAGAAAAUCAAUCGUAUAAACUGGGAACAAGCAACUAUUCGCGGAUUAGGAUGGUCUGAUAAAGAAGAGCUCCUGGUCGUCUCUGAGGACGGAACAGUGCGACGCUACUUCGGAUUGGACGGCGAGUUUACAUCCUUUUCUCUCGGAAAUGGUGCCGAAGAGUAUGGUGUGAGAGCCUGCCAGUUUUGGUCAUCAGGCCUCGUUGCACUGCUGUCCAAUAACCAGCUAAUUGCCGUAUCCAAAUAUGACGAGCCGCGCCCGCGGCUCUUGGCACCUUGUCCGGAAGGCGAGGUAUCAUCGUGGGCUUUAAUUCCACCAGCCCAUACACUCUCGCGCUCGGUUGAGGUUCUGUUGGCUGUUGACAAGACUGUCUUUUUAAUCGACUCAACUGAAGCAGAAGAUAAGAUUCUGCAAGAUGGUCCAUUCAAACACAUCAGUGUGUCUCCAACAGGGCGCUUUGUUGCACUUUUCACUGCAGAAGGGAAGUUAUGGGUAGUCAGUAAUGACUUCCAAAACAAGUUCAGCGAAUAUGAUUCAAAAUCUAGGGUUCCACCAAAUACCGUGAAUUGGUGUGGCGAUGAUGCUGUCAUCCUUGGAUGGGAGGAUGAAAUUCAUCUUGUUGGGCCGAACGCAGUCGCAUCAAAAUACUACUAUGAUGGCCGCGUUCAUGUCAUACCAGAGUUUGAUGGAGUUCGUCUUAUAACUAAUGACACAUGCGAAUUUGUGCACAAGGUCGCUAGUGUUACUGAGGAGAUAUUCCGUCUUGGGUCGUCUUCUCCCGCUUCCGUGCUACUGGAUUCAGUAGACCAGCUGGAGAAAAAGUCGCCGAAGGCUGAUGAGAACAUUCAGCGCAUCCGAUCAAGUUUACCAUCGGCAGUUGACACUUGCAUUAAAGCAGCGGGUCAUGAAUUUGACGCCUAUUGGCAGAAGCGCCUGUUGAAAGCUGCGUCGUUUGGCAAAUCCGUCCUCGAGCUUUACAAUAGCGAUGAGUUCGUUGAGAUGACUGAAAAACUACGUGUCCUCAAAGCAAUGAGAGACUAUAAGAUCGGGAUGCCAUUAUCAUACGAGCAAUACCUGCGCCUUACACCGGAAGGACUCAUUGAACGCCUAAUCAGCCGCCAUGAAUACCUGCUUGCAAUAAGGAUUUCGGAAUACCUACAGAUUCCCGCAGAUAAAAUUUAUGUCCAUUGGGCAAGUCAAAAGGUGAAGGUCUCGACUGUGGAUGACGAAGCUGUAUGCAAGCUUAUUGUCCAGAGACUCGAUGGAAAACCGGGAAUCUCGUUUGAAGCUAUCGCUCAAGCUGCUUAUGACGAGGGUCGAUCCCACCUGGCUACCCAAUUGCUCAAUCAUGAACCACGGGGCGGCAAGCAAGUUCCUUUGCUUUUGAACAUGGAAGAAGAUGAGCUUGCUCUUGAUAAGGCAAUUGAGAGCGGUGAUGAUGACUUGGUGAACUACGUGCUUCUGCAUCUCAAGAGCAAGCUUCCUUUGGCAAGCUUCUUCCGAAUGAUCAACACUCGCCCAAUGGCCUCCGCGCUUGUGGAGACUGCUGCACGAGGCGAUGAUAUCGAGCUACUGAAAGACCUGUUCUACCAAGAUGAUCGACCCAUUGAUGGCGCUAAUGUGCUCCUGUCAGAAGCAUUACGUGAUACCGAUCUGACACGCCAGACCGAGAAACUUCACCUAGCAUCUCGCCUCUUGUCGGAUUCCAAGGAACCAACAGUGGUACUAAACCAAAAAUUAGUCUCCGAGGCCUCCCAGCUUUUGAAAGCUCAAGACGCAUUGGAUAAAGACUUGGCGGACCACAACGAGUUCCUUGGUCUUAGUCUCAACGAGACGGUGUACAGGCUUGUCAGAGGUGGUUACGGUAAAAGAGCACACAAGAUGCAAAGUGAAUUCAAAAUGCCCGAAAAAACAUUUUGGUGGUUGAGACUGAGAGCUUUGGUGGCCAAACGUGACUGGGGCGAACUGGAGGAAAUCACUAAACUCAAGAAAUCCCCAAUCGGAUGGGAGCCUUUUUACAAUGAGAUUUUGGGUGCUGGAAACACAAAACUUGCUUCUGGAUUUGUGCCCAAGUGCACCCAGUUGUCCCCUGCUGAGAGGAUCGAGAUGUGGGUGAAGUGCGGUAUGAUCGUGAAGGCCGGAGAAGAGGCACAAAAGACUAAAGACCUUAACACCCUGGAACUCCUCCGCACUAAAGCAUCUGGCCCCGCAGCCACCGAAAUCGAGCGCAUGAUCAACCAACUAAGGCCAAGAAAAUGA